CCAACACACCCUACCCUUCCCAGCCCCCCCCAACUCAUCCACCCCUGCCCCGCCAACUGUUGCUUCACUACAGGCUCCUCUCCCUGGACGUGACCUCGGCUGACCUGACCGCUCCUCUCACCAUGCCCUUUCCUCAAGAAGACGCAAACAGAAUGGGAUGGAAAAGACCGCGGAAACCAAACUUCACAGAGGCUGAGGUGUUGGCCAUGGUCACGGCCAUCCGGGAAAGAUACGAUCACCUCUAUGGAAGGUCGGCAAGGUAUUCCACCAAGGCUGCAGCGUGGAGCCAGGUUACCGAAGAGGUCAACGCCGUGGGAAGAGCUCAGCGCGACAUCGGUGAAAUUCGCACAAAAUUCAAACAUUAUAAAUCAGAUGUGAAAAAAAAGAGAGCUAAGGACCUUCAGUAUCAAAAAGAAACAGGUGGCGGCCAAUCACAAAGGCUGGUGUAUUCGGAGGCAGAGGAGACCACGCUAAGCCUCCUUCCCAAAACAGCCACCAUUGGUACUCCGGGUGCCCCCUGUGGCUUGCCUGGCCCCUGUGGUACUAGGCUAGACCAAGUAGCGCUGACACGGGAACACAACCAGGACGUACCGGUGGCUGAGGAGGAGGAGGAGGAGGAGGAGGUGAUGGCUGUGAAGGAUGAGGAGGAGGUGAUUGUGAAGGAGGAGGAGGAGGUGAUGGCCCUGAAGGAGGAGGAGGUGAUGGCCCUGAAGAAGGAGGAGGUGAUGGCUGUGGAGGAGGAGGAGGAGGAGGAGGAGGAGGAGUGGAGGCAGGCACAUCCCCGCAUCAUUGAAGUAGCGAACGGUCUUGCCGAGGCCCUGGAAGACCACUCCUAUAUGGCGUCUCAGGGCACACCAAGCCAGCCCUCCAGGCCCUCGCCAAGCCACCCCUACGCCCGCCCAGCCAGCCUCACCCCCACCCAUCAACGCCAGCCCGGCCUACACAGGAGAAGCAUCCGGGGAGCAUCAACGUCACACCGCACACGGGAUUUAGAAUUACUUAACCAAAUGUUCGAGGUUCACAAAUCACUCGCUAAUUCAGUUGAGAGAUUGAAUACCACAUUGGAGGAGGGGUUUGCUCAAGUGACUCAGGCCGCUGGGGAAAUUGCAACUGCCAUUCGGUAUGCUGCUGAUAAGGUGUCUUGAUAAUGUGCUGUGUUGAAGUGUGCUGGGGAGGGGCAGGUCUGUCUGAGUGAGGAAUGCAGUGUCCUCACCCUCUCUGAGCUAUCUUUCUCUCUCUUUCUCAAACUUUUGUCUCUCUUUCUCUCUGUUUUGUCUCUCUUUUGUCUCUCUUUUGUCUCUCUUUUGUCUCUCUUUCUCUCUCUUUUGUCUCUCUUUCUCUCUCUUUUGUCUCUCUUUCUCUCUCUUUUGUCUCUCUUUCUCUCUCUUUUGUCUCUCUUUCUCUCUCUUUUGUCUCUCUUUGUCUCUCUUUCUCUCUCUUUUGUCUCUCUCUCUCAUUGUAUUUUCUUACGUCUCACGGGUAGGAUGAGAAAGAACAGUUAUUUUUUUAUAAUGUUUAGUGACAAGCUUUGGACUAAUCACUGUGAUAUACAUGUGUUCCUUCACUGAAUAUAUUUGUGUAUUAUGUAUAUGUGUGAGAGUGUCCUAUGUGUCCCCUAUGUUAUAUUUGCAUGGGACGGCUGCAACACCUGUGAUAGGCUCAUCUUUUUAUCAUGUAUGCAAUUCUCAAAAACUGGACACUAUAGACAGGACAAGCUAUUUAGUGUACAAUAUUGAUGUUGGUUUUAUAUACAUUGUCUGGCUCUGGGUUACAAUGGGCAUAUCACGCAUUUUUGUGUUGGCUGUUGGGGGACGGGGGAGCUGGGUGUGCCGGGGAGGGAAGUCAAUCAUGUAUCAUUGUUGGUGUUGGUGUGUUGUGGUGACGAGCGAGUGUGUGUUUGUUUUCUGAAUGAGUCCGUUGUACCGCACUCUAAAAUCUGAUUGUGGUGUCAUCUGCCAUCCGGUAUAAUGAGAGAUCCCAUCCUUAUUUUCACGUCACGGAACCCAAAAUUUAGUAUCAUAGAGUGACUAACUGAAGCUUCUUAAGUGUGGAAAAGUACCAUUGAGGGCGAUGCAAAGCUGAACAGGUCACAGGAAGAAGAAGAAUGAUUAAUGAUAUCUUAGUUUUAUACAUUUGCUUUUAUAAUAAUGUAAAUAAACUUGGGCGGCACAGAUCCCGACAAGCAGGUACUGUGUCGAAAUUCAUAUAUGUAUACAGGAUGGGAUGUCUCACGAUCCCUGGGUGGCUCACAACCGAGAGAGCCCGGGUUCGAUUCCCGGGCGGAGUGGAAAAAUUUGGGCGGCUUUUCCGAUGCCCUACGCCCCUGUCCACCCAGCAGUGAACGGGUACCAGGUAUUAAUCGGGGGUUGUGUCCCGUCUCCUGGGGUCUGUUCCCUUCUCCUAUAAUUCCUUCCCCUUCUGUCUCUCUCCGGCAUAUGACCACAGAUGUUGGGUUGUGUCCCGUCUCCUGGGGUCUGUUCCCUUCUCCUAUAAUUCCUUCCCCUUCUGUCUCUCUCCGGCAUA